CACCAGGAGUUAUCAAACUGAUGCUGAAAUCAAUUUGUUUUAUCAGUAAAUAUCAUUUGUAUUUGUCAGGCAGUUCUAAACAUGAGUUGUUCUUAUUAGCUGUCAAUCACAACCUGUGAUCUGAUCUGUCCAGCAGAGGGGAAAAGAUUUAAACUGAAAUAAAGUUCACCUGAUACACUUUGAAGAAACCAAAUGCUAGAAAUAUUCAGAUGUUUCUUCAAUGUAGCAUUAAAUUAGAUUGAGAGCAGACAUGUCUCUUUCUGCACUGUUGAGGGAAAUGUGCAUUAGUGUGAUCUCUGCUGAUGUUGGUUCUGUCCCAGUGAUUCCAUUCUAGGGAAAGUUAACUGUCAGGGAUUUACAGCCUGAUGGGAGUUUCUGCUUUCAUGAACCACAGGGUUUGUAGAAGUUGUGUUGGAUGUUGAGAGACAUGAAAAAGGUUGAAUGUUGAAAUAAUCCGUCACAUGAAAUGAGUGGGAAUCAGCCUGUAAAAUGUGCUCUUAUUGUGAAAGUCUGCCUGCUGCUUCCUCAUAGGUGGAGUCCUGACUGGUUCCAGGAAACAGAUCACCUGUCUGAGCGUCCAGGAGUGGACUGGAAACUUUCCUCUUCUUCUUCAGCGCUUUGAAUAAAGUGUGAAGGUAGAAAGUGUGUGUGAGCUGCUGUGAGUUGAGCAGCAUGGAUGAGUGUGAGGACAGAGAGGAGGGAGUCCCUCCCUCUAAAAGCUCUCUGUGUGGGGAACAGGAGAACCAGAGCAAAGCUCAGAGGAAUCCACCUGGACCUGGACCUGGACAUGGACCUGGACCUGGACCUGCAUCCAGCUGUGUGUCCUUCAAGAGUGACUGGUCUAAUGAUCGCCUCAUUGAAUUCGAAGAUCAUCAACCUCCUGCUGCAGAGAAAAUCCAUCAGAGACCAGAGUCCUCUGGACCUGGACAUGGACCUGGACCUGGACCUGGACCUGCAUCCAGCUGUGUGUCCUUCAAGAGCGACUGGUCCAAGGAAGAUCCUCUUGACUUUAAAGGAGAACCAGGUCCUGCUGCAGAGGGGUAAGAUGUUCAGAACAAGGUUUCAGAGCUGCUUGUUUGGUAGCAGUUUGGCUCCUCAUCAAACAGAACAAAUGUUUUGAAGAAGUGAUGCUAAUAAUGUGAACAUCAUCCACAGAGACAUUAAAAACAGAACCAGGUGGAUCACAGCAAGAACUCUGAGUUCACUAAAAUAUCAAGAAAUAGUUUUACUGGACAAAACUUCAGUUCUGUGAUCAUAUAAGCCUUGAUAGCCUGAAUGUUAGCCUGUAUGUUAGCAUGUAUGUUAGCCUGUACGUUAGCCUGUAUGUUAGCCUACAUUAGGGUUGCCACCCGUCACUUAAAAUACGGGAUCGUCCUUUCUUUGACAAUUAAUUGU